AUGGCGUCCCAACACAAGGUGCUUAUGCUCGGCGCUGGCUUCGUCACAAAGCCGACUCUGGACAUUCUGAGUGAAUCCGGCGUUCAGGUCACCGUUGCCUGCAGGACUCUCGUGACCGCCCAGAACCUCUCCGUCGGCGUCAAGAACGCCCAGCCAACCGCCCUCGAUGUCAACGACGCACAGGCCCUCGAUGCCGCCGUCGCCCAGCACGACCUCGUCAUCUCCCUGAUCCCAUACACCUUCCACGCCAAGGUCAUCCAGUCCGCCAUCCGCCAGAAGAAGCAUGUCGUCACCACCAGCUACGUCAGCCCGGCCAUGCUGGAGCUCGACGCCGCCGCCAAGGAGGCUGGCAUCACCGUCAUGAACGAGAUCGGCCUCGACCCCGGUAGCCAUCUCGCUGGCUGUAAUGAGGCUCUGUGCUGGGCUUCUGCUUGCGAGAUGGCCUUCGAUCAUCUGUGGGCCGUCAAGACCAUCGAGGAGGUUCACCAGGCCGGAGGCAAGAUCACUUCCUUCCUGUCAUACUGCGGUGGUCUCCCCGCCCCUGAGGCAUCCGACAACCCACUGGGAUACAAGUUCAGCUGGUCGUCGCGUGGUGUGCUGCUCGCCCUGGGCAACACGGCCAAGUACUGGCAGGAUGGCAAGCAGGUCGAGAUCGCCGGCAAGGAGCUGAUGGGCGCCGCGAAGCCCUACUACAUCUACCCGGGCUACGCCUUUGUCGCCUACCCCAACCGUGACUCGACGCCCUACAGCGAGCGCUACAGCAUCCCCGAGGCCAAGACCAUCGUCCGCGGCACCCUGCGAUACCAGGGCUUCCCCGAGUUCAUCCGCACGCUGGUGCAGACCGGCUUCCUGACCGAGACGCCCGUGGACGUGCUGUCCAAGCCGACGAGCUGGAAGGAGGCCACCAAGGCCAUCGUGGGCGCGGCGUCGUCGAGCGAGGAGGACCUCAAGGCGGCGAUCCUGUCCAAGGCGAAGUUCGACUCGCCCGAGGAGCAGAGCCGCAUCCUGUCCGGGCUGGCGUGGAUCGGCAUCUUCUCGGACGAGCAGAUCACACCCCGCGGCAACCCGCUCGACACGCUCUGCGCGACGCUCGAGAAGAAGAUGCAGUACGAGGGCGAGGAGCGCGACAUGGUCAUGCUGCAGCACAAGUUCGGCAUCGAGCACGCCGACGGCCGCAAGGAGACGCGCACCUCGACCCUGGUCGAGUACGGCGACCCCAAGGGCUACUCGGCCAUGGCGAAGCUGGUCGGCGUCCCCUGCGCUGUCGCCGUCAAGCAGGUCCUGGACGGCACCAUCUCCGAGAAGGGUGUCCUGGCCCCCAUGAAGUGGAGCCUCUGCGAGCCCAUCCUGAACGAGCUUAAGACCAAGUACGGCAUCAACAUGGAGGAGAAGACCAUCCAGUAA